AUGGCAGUGCAUACACAAAGUACAAUUGUGACAACCCAGCAUGUCUCCUCUGGAACCUGGACUACAGGCGUCUGUGACUGCUGUUCUGAUAUGAACACUUGUUGCUGUGCCUUUUGGUGCUUCCCCUGUAUGCAGUGUCAGACUGUGUCUCAGUUUGGCUGGUGUUUCUGUAUGCCACUGCUGGACUGCUGUGGGGUGGUGUCUUGCUGUCUCCGCCAGAAGAUGAGAGAGCAAUAUAACAUUCAUGGUUCCUGCUGCGAUGAUGUCUGCACUGUCUGCUUCUGUUAUCCUUGUACCUGGUGUCAGAUGUCUCGUGAAAUCAAGAUUCGUGCUCGUUCUGGGACUGUGGUCACCCAACAAAUUACCCGUAGUUAGAAAUCGGUUUUGCUGUGAGUUAUGGUAGUUCAUGCAGGUGAUGAAAACUGAUGCCUUUUACCUAGUGGUGAUUCGUAAAUAUCAAAGUGCUUUAUAUAGCAUGCUCACUGUGUUUUUCGCAAAGUUUACCUGUUAUUGUGCUGUUUACAUAAUGCACAAAUAUAUGUAAAUUUUCCUACUUUCACAAGUU